AUGGCCAACCCAAUGGACGACUGCGACUUCAACGAGAUCGAGGACAAGGCGGUCCGUGCCGACCUCCUUCGUGGAGCUCUUCCUGCAUGUCAGCCACAAGAAGGCAGUCCUGCCAACACGUUUACUGCGUCGGAGAUGGAAGAGCUUCAAGCGGCUCUUCCCAACAUGCAAAUCGGACCUCUCAAAAAGACACAGGAAGUCAAAAAGGCCGAUUUUGACAUUUGUCACCAUGCUUGGCCCACCGACAAGAAGGAGCAAGACAAGAAGCUAUCGUCCGUGGCGUCGCCGCAGGAAGCACCGUUGGAUUGGCACGGGGCUCCUGAUUUUACUCUCCGACCUCCUGACGUUCCACGGGCGUUUCGUGAGAAAGUUCGGGCUGGAGCGUUUGUGGCUCCAACCAACGCUGUUUGCCCAGGAUUCUUGCAAUGCAAUUUGGUGGUCCUUCCUGCAGGUCCUCUUGCCUUUGAUUUCUUGCUCUUUUGUCAACGCAACCCCAAGGCAUGCCCUUUGAUUGAAGUGGUGGACGAAGGAUUCUGCCCCACUGGAAUUGCUCCUGGAUCGGACCUUCGUACGGAUGUUCCAAUGUACUCUAUCUACAAAGAUGGGAAGUUUGUAGAGGACGUGACGGAUGUCACAUCUUAUUGGCCCGAAAAGGCUGUGGCGUUCCUCAUUGGUUGCAGCUUUUCCUACGAUGGUGCUCUUAUGGAUGCUGGCGUUCCCUUGCGCAGUGCAGAGCAAGGUAAAAAUGUCCCCAUGUACAAGACCAAUCUCAAGUGUCGCCCCGCGGGCAAGCUUCAAGGCAAUACCGUGGUCAGUAUGAAGCCCAUUCCAGCCUUGAAGAUUUCCAAGCACGUCGAGAUCACCUCCAAGUACACGCACGCCCAUGGAGGACCUGUGUGUAUUGGACGUCCUGAUGUCAUUGGUGUACAGAACCUCGACAAACCAGAAUGGGGAGAGACGGUCGAAAUGGCUCCGGAUGAAGUACCUGUCUUUCAUGCCUGCGGUGUCACUCCUCAGAGCGUCUUGAUGGAUAGCAAGGUUCCAUUCGCUAUCACUCACAAGGCUGGCUACAUGUUUGUCACUGACAUGCCUUCAGAUAUGGGAUGUUAA